AUGAAACCUAUUAGUUCAUCUAAGCCAUCUAGUACCUCUAAUGGCGGUUUGACGUCGAAAUCAUCAGUUCCACCAAUGAAGCUAUCAUCAACGCCAACUACUCUGAAUCAUGUGGCCAAAACUCCAAAUUCCACAUCGCUCACCAAAUCCCCAGUCAAAUUAACACCAACUUCUCCUGUUAAAAUGAAUGGUACUAUUGUACCAUCCUCAAAACAAACAAUAACAGAAAAAAAAAUUGUACCAUCCAGUCCAAAGAAUGUUUCUGUAAAGAAAGAACCGAUAGUUACUCCAAAAAGAAAAACAAAAGUUCUUGAAAGUGAUGAAGAUUCUGACGAUGACAAACCAUUGGCUAAAAAAAUGGUAACAAAUUCAACGCCAAAAUCCACACCAAUUGUCAAAACUGAACCUAAAGAACCAAAAUCCACACCAACUGUCAAAACUGAGCCUAAAGAGCCAAAAUCAUCUUCUCUUUCCAAUUCAACACCAAUUCAAAAUAAUGUUUCUGUGAAAAAAGAACCUACAGUGUCAUCGCCAAAAAGGAAGAACACAGUGGCUGAAAGCGACGAUGAUGUACCAUUGUCGAAAAAGAUAAAACAAGCAGAAAAGGCUCAAAAACCAGUCAAAAUUGAAAAAGCGACUCCUGAGAAAGGUAAAACGCCUUCAAGUCAAAAGACAUCUUCAACAUCACGAAAAUCAUCCACAACAACAUCUCGGAAAACACCCACAUCAUCAUCUUCAGCGCAAAAAGCAUCAACACCACAAACAGGUGGAAAACGAAAAAUAAAAGAAGAAGAAGAUAUUUGGAGAUGGUGGGAAGAAGAAAAAUAUACAGAUGGACGAAAAUGGACAACGCUUGAUCAUCGAGGACCGGUCUUUGCACCACCGUAUGAACCAUUACCGAAUAAUAUUAAAUUUUCUUAUAAUGCAACUCAUGUGAAAUUAAGUGAACCAGCUGAAGAAAUCAUGACAUUUUAUGCAAAAAUGUUAGAUCAUGAUUAUACAAAAAAGCAAGCGUUUAACACAAAUUUUAUGACCGAUUGGAGAAAGUCAAUGACACCAGCCGAACGUGAAUUGAUUAAAGAUAUUCGAAAAUGUGAUUUUACACAGGUGUGUCAGUAUUUUAAAGAACUAACAGAGCAACGAAAAGCUAUGACAAAAGAAGAUAAAAAAGUAAUCAAAGAAGAAAAUGAGAAACUACGUACUACAUAUGGAUUUUGUAUGUGGGAUAAACAUCGUCAACCUAUUGGCAAUUAUAAAAUUGAGCCACCGGGUCUAUUUCGCGGACGUGGUGAACAUCCAAAAAUGGGUAGCGUUAAAAAGCGUAUUAUGCCAGAAGAUGUUAUUAUCAAUUGCGGAAAAGAUUCAGCCGUACCAAAACCACCCGAAGGUCAUCGUUGGAAAGAAGUGAGACACGACAAUAAGGUUUCGUGGCUUGUGAUGUGGACAGAAAAUAUUCGUGGGAAUAAUAAAUAUGUCAUGUUAAAUGCAUCGUCUCGAGUUAAAGGCGAGCGUGAUUGGCAAAAAUAUGAGAAAGCAAGAAAACUACAUCGCGUGAUUGAUAAAAUACGAGCAAAUUAUCAAGCAGAUUGGAAAAGUAAAGAAAUGCGUAUUCGUCAACGUGCUGUGGCAUUAUAUUUUAUUGACAAACUUGCACUUCGAGCGGGUAAUGAAAAAGAUGACGAUGAGGCUGACACAGUUGGCUGUUGUUCGCUUCGAGUUGAACACAUAACGUUGCAUGAUCAUGUCGAUGGUAUUGGAGAUAAUGUCGUUGAAUUUGAUUUCUUGGGCAAAGAUAGCAUGAGAUAUAAUAAUAAAGUGUCAGUUGAACCACGUGUUUAUAAAAAUGUAAAAUUAUUCAUUGAAAAUAAAGAAGGAAAUGAUGAGUUAUUUGAUCGUUUAACGACAACAAUUUUAAAUCAAUAUUUAAGUGAAUUAAUGGAAGGUUUGACGGCAAAAGUAUUUCGUACAUACAAUGCAUCGAAAACAUUGCAAGAUCAAUUAGAUAACUUAACUGAGCCAAAAGCAUCAGUACCAGAAAAAAUGCUUGCUUAUAACCGAGGGAAUCGUCAAGUUGCCAUAUUGUGUAAUCAUCAACGUUCUAUACCAAAAACAUUCGAAAAAAGUAUGGAGACAUUAAAAGCCAAAAUUGAUGCAAAAAAAACCGAAAUUAAUGAACUGAAAACAGAAUAUAAACGUGCAAAAUCUGAUUAUAAAAAUACACAAAAUCAAGCAUCUCAGAAGAGAUUGGAACAAGCUGAAAAGAAAGUUCAACGUUCUGACGAAGCAUUGAAAAAAUUAGAAGUUCAAGCACUUGAUCGUGAAGAAAAUAAAGAUAUUGCACUUGGUACUUCUAAAUUGAAUUAUCUUGAUCCACGUAUUAGUGUAGGAUGGUGUAAGAAAUGGAAUGUACCAAUUGAAAAAAUCUAUUCCAAAACACAACGUGAUAAAUUUCGAUGGGCAAUUGAUAUGGCAACUAGUGAUUUUCAUUUUUACAAUUAUGAAGGUGAAAUUGUAUUACGAAAUAUUGAUGAUACAACACAAGAGGAAGAUGAAUUAUCGGGACAAGCACAGUCGGAUGAUGAAGAAUAA